UUCCUUUUGUUUCGUGUAUGUGUGUGUGUGUGUGUUUUUUUUUUUGAUAUAUGUAUAUAAAUUUUAUAAAAAUACAAUAACGUUUUUAAAGAAAUAAAAUCUGAGAUGUUUGUUCUGAUAUAAUUUCUCAAUAAUGAUGACGAGAAUCAUUUUAUCGAUCAUUUUAUUUUCUCUUUGUUCUAUCGAAAUCCAAAGCAAAUAUGUCGAGGGACUCAAUGUCGACUUGGGUGAAGCUUUACAAUUUUUACGUGAAUAUGAAAGAGAAGCUUCGUCUAUGUGUACCAGAGUGAUGACUGCUCAAUGGAAUUUUGGUACUAAUGUCACCGAAUCGACCAAAAGAAAAAUGUUGGACGAGCAAACGUUGAAAUUAAAAUUCGAAAGAGCAUCAUGGCGAAAAGCAGUGAGUUUUGCUUGGAGUCGUAUACCAGAUCCUUUAGCAAGGAGAGAAUUAAAAAUGAUUGUUAUAAGAGGACGAAAUGCUUUAACAGAUGACAAAUUUAACGAAAUACAUCAGCUGAUCGUUGAGAUGAAAGAUAUUUACAGUAGAACGAGAUUGUGUCCUUACAGAAACAUGGGAUCGAAUUGUAAUUUAAGUAUAGAUCAUGAUAUUAGCAAAAUUAUGACACAAUCUAAGGAUUAUGAUGAACUUCUCUAUUACUGGCAUGCUUGGCACGAAGCUAUAGGGCCACCGCUUAAAAAUAAUUUUAUGAGAUAUGUACAAUUAAGUAAUCAAGCAUCCAGACUCAAUGGAUUUGCCGAUACCGGAGAUCAAAUGAGAGAAUUUUUCGAAGACGAACACUUGGAACAAAACAUGGCAGAAGUGAUAUAUGCAAUAAUGCCAUUAUAUAAAAAUCUUUUUACAUAUGUGAGAAGAAAAUUAUUUGAAAGAUACGGCGAUAGAAUUAGAAAGGAUGGGCCAUUACCGGCACAUAUUUUGGGUAACAUGUGGUCACAAAAUUGGGAGGGAAUUUAUGAUUUAGUUCAACCCUUUCCAGCGUCUACCAAACUCGAUGUUACAUUGGAUAUGAUGAUACAAGGUUAUACACCGUUGAGAAUGUUUCAAAUUGCCGAAGAAUUUUUUACUUCUCUUGGAAUGAAACCAAUGCCACCAGAAUUUUGGAGAUUUUCAAUGUUCGAGAAACCGAUCGAUCGUGAAGUUAUGUGCACAGCCGGUGCAUGGGAUUUUUGUAAUACCAUCGAUUACAGAAUAAAACAAUGUACCAAAAUAACGAUGGACGACUUAUUAUCGACUCAUCACGAAAUGGCACACCUGCAAUAUUACUUGCAAUACAAAGAUCAGCCAAUAAUAUUUCGAAAAGAAGCUAUUCCUGGUUUUCACGAAGCAGUGAGCGAUGCAAUAGUACUAUCAGUCAUGACACCUCAACAUUUACACAAAAUUGGUUUACAUAACAAUUCAACGGAUGGUUACGAGAGUAAUAUUAAUUUCCUAAUGCUUAUGGCACUUCGCAAAUUGGCUUAUAUUCCCUUCGCGUAUAUAAUCGAUCAAUGGAGAUGGCGUGUUUUUAACGAAGGAGUCGAAGAUAUGACUACAAGAUGGUGGGAAUUAAGAUUGCAAUACCAAGGCAUAGUUCCACCAGUUGUAAGAACCGAAAGAGAUUUUGAUCCAGCAGCAAAGUAUCAUAUCUUGGCUGACAUACCUUAUGCACAAUAUUUCGUGGGUACGAUUUUACAAUUUCAAUUGUUCCAAUCGCUAUGCGAAAUUUCUGGACACACGGCUGAACUACAUACUUGUGAUCUAUAUAGAUCACGUGAUGCUGGAAGAUUAUUAUCCGACGUAUUAUCAAUCGGUGCUUCGAGACAUUGGCACGAUGUUGUGAGACAAAUGACCAGGGGCAAAUCCAAUAGAUUAGAUGCCGAUGCGAUAAUGAAAUAUUUUCAACCAUUGUACGAAUGGCUAAAGCGACAAAAUGAGAUGGAACCUGUAAUAGGUUGGAUCACAAUUCAAGAAGAUACAGCAUUGUUCGCACAUUGGCAUCAGAAUCGAGCUAAUAAUUUUACAAGUAUCUCCAUAUUUUUUAUCCUCGUUGUAGCCUCGAAUAUAUUCUUCUUCUGAACGAUCAAAGUUCAAGGACUG